AUGCCCGCCGCCCAUGAACACCUGCAACACCCGAGGGCUAACAAAUGCGGUGUCGGCCUUUUAAGAAAGAAUAGGUGCAUACCGGCAGGGCCCGCAUUCGCAAACUUCCGCGACCCUGCCAGCGCUGGUCGCCUCAGCAUCCACCUCCCGGAGAUCAAUUCGCCUCCCCUCCAGCAGUAUCACGGUGUAAUUGCUGAGAGCGGAGAACAUAUUCAGGAG